GGGUCCUGGUGCCCGCAGGCUGCUGGAAGGUUUUUCUUUUCCGCGUAGGAAAGCAGGGACCAAAUGGAACAGGACGCCAAAGCUCCAGAGACCACUGGUCUGGCCAGAGUUUCCCAGGGGCUGUCUUUAAUUUAGACGCUUCUCCUGCACGACAGGCCGAGAGUCAGGCAAGGACUCCUUGCGAACUCCGGAAGGCUUCCCGGAGGUAGUGACUUGGAGCAGCGCCUUGAAAGGCAGAUGCUCUGCUUCACCGACCGUCGUCUAAGUGUCAGAACUUCCAGGAGCCUUGCAGCCUAGGGCAGUGGUGUGGGGCCAGAGCUUGCGGGACGUCCCCCAAGGAUGCGCCUGCUAACAGUGUGAUGCUAAGCACAGCAGGCUGCAGGACCUCCGGGGUCCCAUGACGCUGCCCGUCUGUGCUGUGGUCACCGGUCCCCGACUUCGCUUUACCGCCCGGGGCAGGGGCUCCGCGCCCCGCUGAGAUCGGCCAGGGAGAGGGCGUCCUCGCUCCGCCCCGGUCCGUUCGGCGGGGGCGUCGCGGACUACACAUCCCAGCAUGCUCUGCCGGCCGCCGGGCAGCGAGGCGCGGUGAGUCAGAGCGCACAGUAAAUAUUUGUAUUAGCCGAGGCCGGCUCGCUAAUGGUGGACGCGUGAGGCGAGCGCGCAGGGAGGCCGGAGCGGGCUGCGCGACGGCGCCAUGUCCGUGAACAUGGACGAGCUCAAACACCAGGUCAUGAUCAACCAGUUCGUGCUGACGGCGGGCUGUGCGGCCGACCAGGCGAAGCAACUGCUGCAGGCGGCCCACUGGCAGUUCGAGACGGCCCUCAGCGCCUUUUUCCAGGAGACCAACAUCCCCUACAGCCACCACCACCAGAUGAUGUGCACUCCUGCCAACACCCCUGCCACGCCCCCCAACUUCCCUGAUGCCCUCACCAUGUUCUCCCGUCUCAAGGCCUCCGAAAGCUUCCACAGUGGUGGCAGCAGCGGCAGCCCAAUGGCCACAUCGGCCACAUCACCCCCACCGCACUUUCCCCAUGCCACUGGCAGCUUCGUAACACCCAGCUGGCCAACUGCAGCCUCCCCCCCAGGAGGCCCACAGCACCACCAGCCACAGCCGCCUCUGUGGACUCCGGCACCCCCUUCCCCAGCUUCAGACUGGCCUCCCAUGGCUCCCCAACAGGCCACCUCAGAACCAAGGGCACACCCUGCCAUGGAGGCAGAGAGAUAAGGGAGGCCCCUCCCCCCCUCCCGGAGGCCAGAACCCCGUGGGGUGGGGGAGAGGAUGUCUCCGUGGGCCCCUUCACCCUUCCUCUGUCUGCACCCCUGUACCCUAGAGCCCUGGAGGGGAGAAACUGGACUCUAGCUAGGCAGUCUUCUGCCAUCAUGCACAGCUGCACGCAUGCAAAUUCACAGCACAGGCACCCCCAGCUCACGUGGAUUUGACUAAAGUGGCUUGGGUGCCUGGUGGGCAGCAUCUUGGAGACCAAGAAGCCAUCCCAAUGAAGACUCACCUGCCUGGCCGCACCACCUGGAGUGUUUCAGAGAAUCAUUUGAUGGCAGAGGCGUGGCUGACUCCUGUCUUGGGGCCAGUAGGCCUAGAACCUCACCCUUGGGAAUGCAGAGCCUUCUCCGCAUGUGUGCGUGUAGCUGUGUCUAUGUAUUUAUAUGUAUGUCGCUCCUUAAAAGCAACCUAGUUUAUGGGGCACCUGGACUUUGCAUGUUAGAGUGAGCCCCAAGUCCCUUGGCCCGCCACCCCAUUUUCCAAAGGGCCCUGCCUCACUCCACCUCCUUAUCUGCCAGCAUUGCUGUUUCCUGUGAAGGAUUAUGGGAAACUCCAGGACUCUUCUACCCAGCUCCAGCCCCUACCUGCUGGGGUUUCCUGCAUGCCUCUUCCCCAGAGCCCAGAGGUACCUGGUCCCCAUUUACUACCCCCUUUUAACAAAAGAGAAAAGAAUUCCAAACCA